CUGCUGCCAAGCCGGAAGACGAUGCAUGCCGGCUUCUUCAUUACGGAAAGCAGUCUGGUCGGAGAAGCCGUUUGCGCGCGACUGGUUUCCCUUUUGUUCUCUCACCACUAUCACUAAAAGUCUUGCAUAGAUUGUUUUACCACCGGCCAUGAUAAAGGACAAAGAAGCAUUUCAGAGACUCAAUUUCCUCUAUCAGGCAGCACAUUGUGUUCUCGCACAAAACCCAGACAACCAGGAGUUGGCCCGCUUCUACUGCCACACCCAGAACAGCAUCAGCCGACGGCUGGUCUUAAGACAGGACCCCUCUGUGAAAAGGACCGUCUGUAAAUCUUGCUUCUCCCUUCUUGUCCCUGGGGUCAGCUCAACUGUGCGCCAGAGAAAACGCCGUAAUCAGCGGUGGACUGCUGUGCGGUGUCUCAACUGUGGCCUAACCAAGCGUUUCCUCAGCGACCCUGACUAUAAGUUGUGGUCGGAGCAACCUGAGGCGUUACUAGAGAACCAGACACCAGCUGGUGAAGGACCAAAAGGCCAGAUGCCCAGCUCAAUUCAACGGCCGCCCAAGGUCUCCCUAACGGAAAAGGCAACAGCCCCGGAUUCCACCCCUUGCAGCCAUCCUUCCUCUGAGAAGACCCCUGUGGGUGCCAAAUCUAAAGGACAGAAAGGACCAAGUGAGAAGUGACCCUUUCCUUGGGAACAGGAUCUAUCUUCCAAAUUAGGCAAGCAGCUGUGGAUUGGUAGCAAAUCUGGGGAGGCGUGGGGUAGCCCUGAAUUGGAGCAGAGAAACGAAUGCGGCCAGCAAGAUAACUUGUUGCGGAAAGAAGACCGUGGACUCCUGUUUGCAUGCAAAAUCCCAGUUAGCGACUUGGAGGACUGGGAUGGAUGGCUCAGACCAGAUGAGUUUGAGGAUAAAGGUCCUCUUGUAUAGGGCACCCAGUUGUGAGGUGGGAAGGGUGGGUGUUGUCCUCUCUUACAGCCCACAGAGGCCUGGUGAGGAGGCUUCACUCAUCACCACUGCCUGUGUCCCCUUUCUCCCGCCGUCUCCAUAGUUAGAAAUCCCUUCACACUCUGUUCCUUAUUUGUGCCCACAAGUAUUGCUUCCUUCCAGGUGGCACUCACUGCCUGGAUUUUGCCAAUUGAGACAUCAGUUUGGGAGGUGGGUGGGUAUGCAGCUAGGUAAGUCCCAUGUCCAGAGGACUGGGGAUGCUGAUGCCAGGAGAUUUGGGUGAACGCUUGAGGGGAAGGAAUGUGAGGGAGGGAUAGCUCCAACCCAACUUCACUCUUGUAUAGGAGAAAGCUGUGUGAAGAACAGGAAAUAAAAUUUUGUUUCACAAAGA